AUGACCACGUCUCCUCUCAAAGUCCAUGGUGACGAGCCUGAAAGUGCCCGUAGGCCUGAUAGUCAACGAACAGAUUCUCAUCAGGUAUCAAGAGUCUUCAUUAGGGUUGAAGGAUGGAAAUCUAAAGAGGCUCGAGCAAAGGAAGGAGAAUUAAACCUAGUCGAUUCAUCCAAAUCCUCGAACCCCCUCCAAGAACCAGAGCCCUCAAACUCCAGAGACUACACACUCUCACGAGCACUUCAAAAUGCACAAUUCCUGGACGAUAUAGAUGCUUUACUUGGCCCUGGGUGUGAGAAAAAGAUACAGGUUAAACCCCCUUACUCGGAGGUUAAGCCUUUGGCACGAUUCUUGUCAGAGGGGCGCGAGGAACAAGCCUGUAUUAUUGCGUUAAAGGAGGAAGCGGGUGGGUUGAAUAUUUCAAUAUCACCGCCCCAGUAA